CAUUGUUUUCUACGGUUUAUUUUAUGUUAGCUGAAAUUUUUCGGAACGGUUUUUGAGAUAGUGCUUAUGAAAUUAAUGUGGAGAAAUAUAUAAAACAUUUAGUGUGUUCCUUGUAUUUGUGAUAAGCAAGAUGAUAUAUUAACUUUCUUUAAAUGGUGAAUUACUAAUUUUAUAUAAAAGUAUUGUCCAAUACUAAAACCAUGAAAGUUGACACAAGCAAACUAAAAAAGAGCUCUUCUGAGCUCACGCCAGAAUGCAGAUUACUUAUUGAUCUUUUAAGCAAGUGUCGCAGUAAAAGUGAUAUUACGCGAUUUCUAGAAACAAUAACGGUGUGGACUUAUGGGAAAUGCGAGCUUUAUCAUUGGACUCAUAUUUUGGAUCGUUUUGACAAAAUUUUAGAGGAGGGUGCGAGACAGGUGGAUGACAAUGAAUUUAUGUUGUUUUGCGAUAUAAAAUUCUCAAAAGAGGAUGUUCGUCUGCUGCUACUCGUAUUGAACUUUACAACGCUGCUGAUUGAACAUUCUUUUUCAAGGCAUCUUUAUAAUUCAGUUGAGCAUCUGACUCAGUUGCUGUCAUCUCAGAAUAUGGACAUCGUGCUAGCCGUUUUGAAUUUGCUUUAUAUGUUCUCCAAAAGAAGCAAUUUCAUACCACGCCUAUCACUGGAGAAGAAAGAUAUGCUUUUAACAAAGCUCUAUAAUAUUGCGGAACGUUGGGGAGAUCCAAAUUACGGAUUGGCUCUUAUAGAUUGUUGCAUAAGAAAACCAAAAUUGGAGUUUUUGUAUCAACUCUCUAUUGAAUACGCGGACGAAAAUGGUCAAGUAGUUUUAUUGGAAAUACCUGAUAUGGUGAAUACUUGCAAAGGUUUACCUAUUUCAGAGGUCGUAAAGGCGAUAUGUGGUCAUAUGAAAAACCCAUCAGAAGCAGUUAAGAUGAGAAUUGCACAUAGAAUUCGUCUUGUAUCUGGAUUUAGGGAUCAAAAGCUACGUUUGCAGUUUGUACAAGCACGUUUACAAGCCAUUUCCGUACUGAUAUACUCCAAUGCCUUACAAGAUAAUGUUGAGAGGAUUCUUUACUCGGGAUUUGGUGAAGAAUUGUGUGAACUGAUAGACAAGGAGGAUGUAUAUUUAGUAGAAAUCCGCGCUGCCGUACUAAGAACAUUAACUUCUAUGUUACACUUUGAUCGGAAUCCUAAUGUACCAAGACCAGGCUCACGGUUGUCGAAAAUAAUUCAGUAUACUGGAGCCGAACGCCAGGGUGGCAUCCUACCACUUUUAGUGCGCGAUUGUAUAACAAGCUUAACCAAUGAAGGAAUUUGCGAAAAAUACCCUUUGGUUUUAGCAACGUCAUUAUUCAGUUUGCUUUACCAUUUAGCCAGUUAUGAAGCUGGAGGUCAUGCUUUGGUAAAAAGUGGCAUGAUGAAAUCUUUGUUGCAAGUAAUCAAUUGGCCCGGAGUGGAUUUGGAACAUAUAACGUUUGUUACAAGAGCAGUUCGUGUUAUAGAUUUAAUAACUAAUAUUGAUAUCGUCAAAUUUCAUCAAUGCAAUGGUCUCAAUAUAUUUAUUGAUCGCAUGGAGAAGGAAAUCAAUUGCUGCAGAGAAUUUCUUUCUAAUAAGGAAAAAAAGGCUGAAUUCGUAGACAAUUUAGAGCAAACUUCAAAUGUAGUGGAUCAAGGAAAUGGGGAUAAUGCACAAUCUGAAACAUUCGAAGAUAAUGCAGCUUAUAAUAAACGGAGUGAAAUGGAGAAGUCGUCAUCACAAUCACCUAUACUGGAUCAGGAGGGAAGAAAACUGGCAUGUGUUACUCAAAGGGCGGCUUUGUUAAAAUCCAUGCUAAAUUUUUUAAAAAAAUCAAUACAAGAUCAUUCACAUUACUAUGGGAUGCGUAAUAUAAUGGAAACUUCGUUGCCCAAAUCGCUACAACACAUAGUAAUGAAUGCCGAGUAUUACGGACCAUCGUUAUAUUUGCUAGCGACUGAUGUUGUUACGGUUUACAUAUUCAAUGAACCAUCACUUUUAUCAUCCUUACAAGAAACUACUCUGACGAAUGCAAUUUUUCGAUCUUUACUGCACAAACAAGUACCAGCAACAAGAGAAAUUUUAGGAUCAUUGCCAAAUAUAUUUUCAGCUCUGUGUCUAAAUGAACGCGGUCUCAUGGAAUUUAUGUCCUAUGAUCCAUUUGAUAAGUUCCUAAGGGUAUUGCUCUCGCCUGAUUAUUUAGUAGCGAUGCGCAGGCGGCGAUCUUCAGAUCCAUUAGGAGACACUUCUACGAAUUUGGGAAACGCAAUGGACGAUCUUAUGAAACACCAUCCGUAUUUACGUACAGAUGCAAUAGAGGCCAUUGUGCGGCUACUACAUGAACUAGUACGAUAUGGAUCUGACUCUCGAUAUAUAUGCUGGCGGGCUCAUAAGGAUAAUAGUAAUUCCACGGCUAACACCUCGACUGCGAAUAAUCAACAAAGUCCAGUUACAGAUGGUGCACUGGAGUUGAGGUGCAAUGAAAAUGAUAGCAGCGGGGAAGAUGAUGAAGACGACGAUGAAAUGUCGUCUGCUUCGCAACAGCAACAGCAACAACAAAGGCAAAGUCGAACUAUAGAACAACAAGUGCAAGUGCGAUCAAAUCAUGAAAGAGAAGCCAUACCCUUAAUUGACUAUAUAUUAAAUGUGAUGAAAUUUAUAGAUGCAAUAUUCAGUAAUAGCUCAAAUGGUGAUCAUUGUCGAGAAUUCGUAGCGCAUGGUGGUCUACAGCCAUUACUUCGUUUGUUAUCAUUACCAAAUUUACCCAUUGACUCCCCUGUAUCCACAACAGCACAAGCCGUUGCCAAUGUAUGUAAAUCUGUUUUGAAUUUAGCCCACGAGACAACAGUUAUAGAUAUAGCUCUAGAAGAGCUGUCGAAAAUAAUAGACAACUUAAAGCCGCUUAUAUUGAACUUCAAUUUCCCCGGAGGUAGUAUACUCUUGCGAGAAUUAAUGGCAUGCCCAAAACUAGAUGAUGGGUUUUCAACAGCAGAUUAUACACCACUCUUGCAUAACAUGAGUUCAGUUCAUGGCUAUGUGGUGCUCCUUGUUCACCUAUGUCGUAAUGCAUCUAGUGAUAUGCGAUUAACUUUGCUGAAUCGUUGGGGAAACAAUUCUGGUACAGGGUUACAAUUGUUACAAAGCCUAGUUCGACUUUAUAUAUCUUUGGUAUGGGAGAGUACCAUCUUAUUAAGUCUUUGCUCUGAUGAAAUAUCUGAAACUGGAUUAUAUGAUUCAUCAUUUGGCGAACAGACGGCGGAUGUUGAAAAGGAGGAUUCUACAAUAAAGAAAUUAAGUUCCAUUAAAUUCAAGGUAAAAACAGAUGAUCAAUUGCGAUAUAUAAAGUCGUUGUUGGCGGCCUCAUCCCGUCUAGGGCGAGCAUUAGCAGAGCUCUUUGGUACUUUAGUUAAGCUUUCCGUUGGUACACCCCAAGCGCGACAGCGUCGAAGUAAUGAUUACUCGGCAAACAAUGCAAAUAAUAAGAUUCCACCAGCGGAUGCCAAAGAAAUCGCUCGAGUACUUAGUUCAAUUCUUGUAAACGGUUUUAGCCAUGAAGACAAUGCAUCGAAACCAGCACCAAAGCUAAAGUUAACAUUUCUCAUUUGUUCAGUGGGAUUUACUGGUCCAAUGCUAUUUGAUGACAAACGUAGUUGCUUUCAUUUAAUGAUCUCACAAUUUUGCGAAGAAAAUGGUUUAAGAGCAUUUUUCGAUAUGUUCUACUGGGCAUUAUCACUUGAUAAUAGUUCGAAUAACUUUGGUUUUGAUGGUUGCCUAUUGUUGGAUAAUAUUUUACAAAAUGCACCAAGCGAUUCCAAUGAAUACCCAACCGGCACAGGAGAAUUUAUUGAUGCGUGGUUGCAGUUGCUUGAAAAAAUGGUAAACCCACGAGGAAUUCUGGAUUCACCUUACGCAUUGUCUACCAAAGGCAGUCAAAGUACAGACGCCAUAGAUUUUGAGCCAAUUUUUUACUUGGUACAGAUGCAUCAACUAGCUAUGCACGUUGUAAGGCGAAUUUGGAAACGCAAGCCUAUCCCCAAUUAUGGAGUAUCUAUAACAGAGACAAUAAUGGCAAUUUUAAAACAUAUUAUUAAAUCAUACAAUAUGAUAUGUAACAAAUAUAAAGCGCGGUUAGAUGAAAUCCAAAAUGCUGACAAAUUACUUGAUCAACGAAAGAAAUCUGCGAAAACUGCUGAUGAAGGGUAUUUAAAUGCUAAUCACUUCAAAGUAUUAACUGAUAUGGGAUUUGGCCAACAACAUGUGUUGGACGCUCUUCGAAGUACACGCUCUCUCGAGCAAGCUACAGAGUUUCUGCUCAACCAUCCGGAAGCAACAACAGGUGAAACUCAAAAUAUUCAAAGCGUAUCAAUACCAUUAACUUCAUUACCUGCUGGUAACGACAUGGAUAUUGAUAUUGACUCAGCGUCGACUUCUACUUCGGCUUCGGCUUCGACUUCGAACAGAACGAAUGAACCAAAAUGCAAUGCUAAAAAUAAACAAUCUGGAAGUUUUAGUGACGUUGAACCUUUACCAAAUGAAAUCUUCAAUCAGUUUUGCAACGAGGUUUUUGAAAGAGUUUUUGCAUUUAUGGAAUAUUUACCCGAAACUGUCAACACGGGUACUGAGCUUUUAUCCGCAUUGUAUCGACAAAACAACCACCAAAACAAACGUGAAUUUAUGGUAAAUCUUGUGAACGGCGUUACAGAGUGUAUGGAACAAAUAAUUAAUAUUAUAAAAAAUGAAAAGAUUACAAAAACACCCCAAUCAGAAAAUAUGCUUUUUGAAGUAGUCUCAUCAAAACUCUUAAUACGUCUCAAGGUAUCAACGAUACUUCUGGAUGAAAAUUACAGCGACAUCAGAAAAGAAUUUUGUGCUAUGAUUUCGCAAGAGAAAUCUAUGCACGUUAUCGUUAAUCUUCUAUACGAAACUGAAGCUUUAUUGAAAGAACAAACACUAAUUGGUGUUAAGCCACAAGCUCCUCAAUGGCUACAGAACUUUAUAGAGUUUAUUGAUGCUAUUGAUAAUGUCUGCGUAAUUUUACAACGCAGAGAAAAUAUGCGUGCAGUAUGUAGUGACAAAUGGAGAUGGUAUGACGUAUCGACGGGAAAAUGGAAUUCAUACACUGAGUCUAAUAACAAUUUACUUAAAACUGCUUUUGCUAUGGGAGAAAAAUCUCAGGUGAUAAAUAUCGGACGUCAACGUUAUACUGUAAACUUCAAUUAUAUGACGCAAGUGAGUGAAGCAUCAGGAACUCAUCGGUCUGUAUUACCAGACUUGAAAAUAUCCGAAGCUAUAUGUGCUCUUAGAAAUGGCAAUCCCAAUACAAAAACCGAUAGUAUUCUUACUCGCAGCAUUCGCUCUAAACCUGGUAGUGACGGUGUGAUUUAUAAAGAUGAAGUGAUUUGUCUUCGUUCGUUGACAAAUGUGUCACAAGGUAAAAAAGAGAACGAAAAUGAGAAUACAGAGCUGACCGCAGAAACAGACAUGCAACAUACGUGUACUACGGUGGUUGAAGAAGGUACUUCGUUUGGACAAAAGAAAAUCAAACUAAAAAGCUCAAUAAAGCCAUCGUCAAAAAAAAGUGCAUCAGGACUUUCUAAACAUAGUAAAAAGAUCGUACUUCAUGAAGAAUUGGUCGGACUAUCUCGUGAAAAUUGUACUGAUAUAAUCGCUUGUCUUGUUCAUUUAUUGCAACCAGAAAUUAUGAUAGACUUCGAGACAAAGCUUUCGAUUAUGAAAUUGUGCGCUCGUUUAACAAAAGACUAUGAGAAUGCAAAGGCGUUUUAUGAAAAUGGAGGAAUAUCACUAUUGCUCAAGAUGCGUCAAAGUUGCGGAAUGAUGGAAUUCCCUACUUAUGCUAUCGUUAUAAUUCGUCAUGUUCUUGAGGCUCCUUCGGUUUUGCAAGAUUCCAUUGAAAGAAUUUUAACAACGCGCUCUGCACUUACCGUUCCAGUGGGACAUCGUGAUCUGGUGUAUUUUCUUACGCAGGUAUCUUCAGCGGUGGCAAGGCAUCCUACGAUAUUCCUCAUGGCCGCAAAGCAAUCUUUACAGGCUGAUCAUGCAUUGAGCUCGAACUUUCCGUUAGACGAGUCUAGGUUUCUUAUAAAAUCUCAAACUACAAAUAAAUCGAGUGAGACACUUGUCAGUGGGAUUUCGAAAUUUGAUGAUGCCUCAGAAGAAACGGUGGAAGAUUUAUUAAGGGCAAUUGUUCAACCUUGUGUACAUUAUGGAGGCCUGCCUUCAAGUGAAGAUCAUGGUGACUGUAAUAUCAGCGUAGAUGGGACCUCUUUAACAACACAAGCAGAUAAAACUCAAGUUAAGCCAUCGUCUUCGAAAAAAUGUACAGAAAAUCUCGAUAUCAAUCCUUGCUGUUGCAGCUGGCAUAUACCAUCUACGAGCCAUACGCAUCAAAAACCAAUACUUCCAAGAUCGACUUUGUUGAAAAUUUUGUCUGAUGCCGUUAGAUCCUACCAGUGCUUAGUUCCAAGAAUAAUAAUUGAAUAUACAUAUACGCCAGCCGACAGUCCGUUAAUUACCAAGCCUCAAUCAUGUAUCUCAUUUAUUCUCGACCAUUUUCUCCCAAUAACUAAACGUCAACAGGACCCUGAAGUAAGUAUGAUGUCCAGAGUUCUAUUAUCCUCUCUAUCGGAUUGUGUUAGCCAACCAACAGUACAGUCUAAAUUGGUAGAAGAACUGCAUGACGCUAUAGUUCGAACCUUGACUGAGCCCAAUUACACAGAAAAGCAUGUCCGCCUACAAGUGCUUAUUAGCUUGAUUCCGGUGAUGGUUGAAAGUCCAAUGCUCUCUAGUAAAGUGCACAUGCAACGUAAUAAUAUGUAUAGAAUAUUGUUGAGACAGGGUAUAAUGACUGAUUUAUCUAAACUUGCUCAAUAUAAGGACUUGUCCAAUUCUAAUACAUUGGUGACAGUACAUUCAACUUUGCGUCCAAUGGAAAUUUUAUUGAGGCUAACCAUAACUCCAGGUGCUCUAUCGUCGAGGAGAAUAUUUUUCGGUACACCGCCGACUGGAAGCAGUGCAGUUGUGAAUCGUCGAUUAUACCCAAGGUUAACAUCUCGAACCUCAAACGAAAAUACUGGAUCAGUGGGAGGUGAACAUGUCCUUCGGGAUAUUAUACGUAAUGUACUUUCCGACCGAAGGCAGGCGUUUGAUUUCAUUUUAAAUAGCGAAGAUAUAUUCUUGGACUCUGAAGAUCCAUCCAACUCCAUGGCAACCGGCAACGAUGACAACGAAGACAACGUUCGCGAAUCGCAUCUCUUAGCUUCAUCAAAUUUACGGCCUCAAAUAAAUUUUGAUCAGUUGUGGGAUGAUCUGCUACAAAAUGGGCAUGUGGCAUUUUUGGGUAGAAGUUCUGACUCCAAUAAUGGUCCCACUGAGGGCAAUAGAAUAGAUACAAGAAAUAAUCGUUCAGAUUCUAAUCAAGGUGCAAAUACAGAAAAUGGUGUAAAUGGUGGUAGUGAUGGUGCUUCAACUUCAUCAGAGCUUGUUGCCGCCGUUGUAGACAAUUCAACCUCUUUAUUGGGAGAGGUUAGUACGAGCGAAUCAGAAUCUGAUUCAAAUGCUUCGACAGAAAAUGACCGUAAUGACGAUGAUGACGAUGACGAAGAAGAUGAGGAUGGCAAUGAAGAAGACGCAGAAGAUCAUAGCGAAACUGAUGCCGAUGAAGAAACUCGUCAGUUUAUUGAAGUUUUUGAUCAUAUUUAUGAGCCCGAAUCAUCUGAAACCGCUUCAAAUGACGCUGACGAUGAAGCAUCAGAAGUCAGUGGCAGAAGUGGGGAACAAGUAGUCAAUGGAUCGGAUGCUGACGACGAAACCUCAGAGGUUACUAGUAGAAUUUCCGAGCAAGUGGUCAAUACAGCUAGUAAUAUUACUACCGAAAAUAGAAAUAUGAAUUCUUCAGAAAAUCGGGAAGCUCAUGCCGAUAUUCCAAGCAAUAUUUUGCUAUUAUCUGAACCAGUUGCUCGUAGCAAUAAUACCCAGUCAUCUUCAGAUGCUACCAACAAUAUAUCUGCCCCAACGUUUGCAGAAAACAAUGCAACGAGUAGAGAAGAAAGUUCCGGACGAACAAAUCCUUCGUCUGUGUGGAUUGCACCCAGACUUGGCUCAACAAGAAGCGAUAUAAACUAUGCGACUAACGCGGAAUCAGGAAGUACUUCUACAACGAAUCAUGAACGUAUUCAAAAUAAUGCCACAACUGUUUUUGUUGGAUCAACAAAUAAUUCGUUUAUUCAAAGACGAGAAUCUACCAGACGAUUGAUUUUGCUGGAUCAACAGUAUUGCACUUUAAUGCCCUCGUUUAACAAUCCGACCGAGGAAGGGCAGCUUGAUAUAUUUAAUCAAGAUAGUUUACAUUGGUGGCUCGAAGAAUCUAAACACUUGGACUUGGAGUCACAAACAGAUGCUUGCUUAUACGUCGCUCACCUGUUGAUUCCGUUCUUAAUUAAAGUCUUCAAAGAGGGUCAAAAAGUUAAAACAACAGAUCAAUCAGUUUCCACUAACACCUACAACUCUCCUAAUCGACGCAGUGCUAUACCUGUAUUUAUUCAACAAGCAGCCAAUACAAACGGUGGCUCGGGAAAUGCUUCAUCCGCUAACGAGACUGCUGCGGAAACCGUGACUGAAAGAGAUGAAAAUACUGCUAUAUCCAGUGAGAUACAAGAGCAACAGGAUCAAAUAUCGAAUGAUGAUGCUGGUGAUGCGGAAUAUUCGAGUGAAGAAGAGAAUCCAACUAUUUUAGUAACGAACGAAGAUGAAAAUAUUCCGGAUGUUGAAGACGACUGCGAGGAUGUACAAGAUGAUAAUAAUGCCCAACAACCAACAGAUUUGAGAGAAGUAAACACGGCUUUUGAUAUUCAACUUGACAAUGAAAUGCAAACCGGGUUAGAGCAACCUUCUACUGAAGAUAUAGAUAGUUUAGUUUCUCACGCUUCUCAACUUUAUGCAACAAAUGCUUCCGUGGAAAUGACUUCGGAUAAUAUUGUAUUGGAAGAUAUAGAAGAGGUGCCUGCUGUGAGCCAAGAACCCGUUGUUCCGGCAGUCGAAACAGUAGAACAGCAAUCUGAAGAAGUCGCAGGAGCAGUAGCUGUGUCGGAAACUCCUCCAACAACAAUGAACGCCGAGGUCCGCGCAGCGUUAGGUGACCUUCAAGUUCCAGAGGGCGUUGAUCCAUCGUUUUUAGCUGCAUUACCAGCUGAAAUGCGUGAAGAAGUUAUCAAUGAGCACUUAAGAAUGCAACGUAUACGUCAAAGAGCACAACAAAAUGCAAUACAAGUUGCUCAUGAUUCGUUAAUUGAAGUAAAUCCGGAAUUUUUAGCCGCUUUGCCACCUAACAUUCAAACAGAAGUUUUAAUGCAGCAAAGAAUAGAACAACAACGACAAGCUGCUUCGGCAGCAAAUCCUGAUGAUCCGGUUGAUACAGCAGCAUUUUUCCAAAAUUUGCCAGAAUCAUUACGUCAAGCAAUUCUUACUGAUAUGGAGGAGUCACAAAUUGCCAGCUUGCCACCAGAUCUUGCUGCCGAAGCACAAUAUUUGCGGCGCGAUUGGGAGAGUCGAAAUGGUCCUAGUGCGGAUACACCACAUGUCCUCCGCCGUUUUCCAUCCUCUUUACAAAAUUUGACAGAUGAUUCAAGAUGGCAUUCGAAUUCGAUAUGGUAUGAAGCACAUGGUAAUCAACAACCGCAACAUCAUCAGCACACAACCAUAGUACAUCAACAUCAGCAACAGAUUCAUGGCAAACCGAUCGCAUUGCUCUUCAUGGAGGAUGAUAAUAAUAUGCUUGAUCCAGAUUGUCUAGCAACAAUACUUUUAUUCUUAUUUACCGAAGAUACUAAAAUUAAUUAUACUCGUUUUCAUCGUGUUAUACGCAAUCUUUGCUAUCACGCUCCAACCAGAACCUGGAUUAUAAAUGCUUUGAUAAGUAUAAUACAAAAGACGAACGAAGAGAAUGUAAAAGAAUCCGAUCAGUCUAUCAUCAAGCCCAAUUGGCUGAAACUAAGAGUCGAUGCAGCUUUUGGUUAUAAGUCAAAUGUAUUUAUAAUAAAUGAAACACAACCCAAUGCCAUUGAUUAUAAUUCAACAUCCAACUUUAAUAUUAGUAUAAAUCCCCAGGCAGCGCAGAUGGUUGUAAAGAAUUGUCUAGAUUUAUUAUUCGUAUUAGCAAGGCAUUUUCCACGAAGUUUUGUGCCUUUCAAACCAGAUCCGAAGAAAAAAACAGAUCUUGCCGAAACGCAUGACAACAGCAGAAACUUGUCUAUGUCUGGAGGUAUUAGUACCGGAAAUACAACAGAUAUGGAUAUAACAAACAGUCUAUUAAAUAUAAACAAACCUGCUCAAAAGUCCUCAGAUUUAAAAUUAGACGAGGGACCAUCAACAUCAAAAGCUGCAGCCAAUCGUGGUCAAAAAAACAACUCAUUCGGAGCCAAGAGCAAGCAUGCUAAGAAAAUUGCAUACAACACUAACGGAAAACACUUCUGGGAUGUUCUUUUGAAAAUCGAUUUGCUUACUCCGCAACGCAUUGCGAACAUGCAAGAUUUUCCAAUCACUUCAUAUCCUCGGUGGGAGUGGGAAGAGCCGAAUACUGAUUUUCAAUCAUUUAAUGACACGCCGUUUUCUAAAUUACUGGAAAUGCUUCCGUAUAAAGUCAUAUGUAGAUCUCCCCAACUUACAGAUAUGCUUGUAAAAUUGUUAGCCUCCCUCAGCGGAGAACUUCCAAAAGAAAGUGAGUUAGACGAAAGCAAACUGAAUAAUAAAUUUUCGGAUAUAGAUGAGAAUAGCCAAGGUAAUACUACAACAAAUCUUGAGUCAAAUCAGAAAGAUGAAUCGGCUACUAACGUGGAGACUAAACUAUAUGCUACCGGCUACCGUAUUAAAAACAAAUUGUAUUCGAAAAACUUUUCACAACUGCAGUUAGUAACAGAGGUGUUGACUCAUCAAUGUGGCACCGUUGACGGUCUUGAUAACAUCUCUAAGUUGAUCGUCAAUUUAAGUCAGUGUUCGCACGCAUCGAAUGCAAUAUUUCUUGAGUAUUUGUCAUCAGCAGUAUUUGGGCUUGCAAAGGAGGUCCGUUUGGCUAUUCAAAAUUUACUUGAUGAAAUUCAUUCCUAUAAAAUAGUACAUAACAAACUUGAUACUGAUACAAAGUGUGGUACAGCAUCUCCAAAUAAAUCAGUGCUCGAGGGAAUUAUGCAAGACCGAUUUACUUCAGAAAAUGUUAUUAUUUCGGCACCAACAAACUUUAAACCCUCAUGUGAAUUGCAGUUACCGUCAAUAAAAAAAUUACUCUCGCCUUCAUCAGCUCAAUUAUACUUUUUGAAAACUCUUAAGAUAUUUAUACAAGUUCGUGAGAUAUUCUACUCUGAUGAUUCUGUGAUCAUAGAUUCAGCAAACAAAAAGCCUACUCUCAGUCAAAUAAUAUCUCUACAAGAUCUCUGGAACACUCUUAGUGAUUGUUUAGUAGCUUUGGAAGAGUCAAAGGAUGAAUAUGCUGUACUUGUAUUACAGCCUACAGUCGAGGCAUUUUUCUUAAUACACGCAACGAAUAAGAAAAAUGAAACUAAAACUCCUGCUAAUAAUGAGAUCCAAAAUUCUACAUUAGACGUUAUAGAUGAAGCCAGUAUUAAUACGAAUCCAUCCAGUGCAAAUACAGGCAAUAGUGCAGAUACAUCCGAUGUACAAGUUCAACCAAGUUCUGGCGAAUUUGCAGAGAAUAUACGUAAAUCUGGUAUACGUGCGAAUCCAUUAGAAGUUCAGCAACGAUUAGAUAAGGAGAACUUUUUGUUAUUUGCUGAAAAACAUAGAACUGUACUCAAUCAAAUACUUCGUCAAUCCCCUAUUCAUUUAUCGGAUGGGCCUUUUGCUGUUCUAGUAGAUCAUACCCGUAUUCUUGACUUUGAUGUUAAAAGGAAAUACUUCCAAACGGAGCUCGAACGAAUUGACGAAGGUGUACGACGAGAAGAGAACACGGUUAGUGUGCGACGUGUCACAGUAUUCGAAGAUUCGUUUAGGGUAUUAUAUCGUUUGGGACCGGAAGAAUGGAAAAAUCGCUUUUACAUUGUGUUUGAAGAUGAAGAAGGCCAGGAUGCAGGUGGUCUGCUAAGGGAAUGGUACGUGAUAAUCUCAAGGGAAAUAUUUAACCCCAUGUACGCCUUAUUUUGCGUUUCGCCUGGCGACAGAGUCACUUAUAUGAUAAAUCCAUCCAGUCAUGCUAAUCCUAACCAUUUGAGUUAUUUCAAAUUUGUUGGACGUGUAAUAGCCAAGGCAAUACACGACAAUAAGUUGCUCGAAUGUUAUUUUACACGUUCGUUUUAUAAGCACAUCCUUGGAAAGCAAGUAAAAUAUACCGAUAUGGAGUCGCAGGAUUAUGAGUUUUACAAAGGACUAGAUUAUCUUAUGAAAAACGAUAUUUCAACAUUGGGUUAUGAACUCACGUUUUCUACCGAGAUACAAGAGUUUGGUGUUACACAAGUUCGUGACCUUAUACCAAAUGGGCGUAAUAUUGCUGUAACUGAAGAAAACAAAUUCGACUAUGUUCAGUUAGUUUGCCAGCUGAAAAUGAGUGGUUCGAUUAGGCAACAGCUAGAUGCAUUUCUGGAAGGUUUCUAUGACAUUAUACCAAAACAUCUAAUUUCGAUAUUUAACGAGCAGGAACUUGAAUUGCUAAUAUCUGGUUUACCCGACAUCGAUAUUGAAGACCUUAGAGCGAACACAGAAUACCACAAAUAUACUUCGAAGUCGUUACAGAUACAAUGGUUUUGGAGAGCUUUACGUAGUUUUGACCAAGCUGAUAGAGCUAAAUUUUUGCAAUUCGUUACUGGAACGUCCAAAGUUCCCCUUCAGGGAUUCGGGUCUUUGGAGGGUAUGAAUGGUAUUCAGAGGUUCCAAAUUCAUCGUGAUGACCGAUCAACGGACCGAUUACCGUGCGCACAUACUUGCUUUAAUCAGUUGGAUUUGCCUAUGUAUAAAUCAUAUGAGAAAUUACGCAGUAGCCUUCUGAAAGCGAUUCACGAGUGCUCGGAAGGAUUCGGCUUUGCUUAAACAUAAAUUAAAUUUAAUAAAACUAAAUUAGGUUAAACUACAAUAUACAUAUAUCUCAUAACUUUUUGUCAACAGGUCCACAAAGUAAGUUCAUUGUGUAUUCACUUUAAUUAAUAUUCCGUUUAUAUUAUGAAUCUAAAUAAAAAUCAGAAGACUUGGUAUUUAAAAAAU